GACGUCAUCUGUGUGCGACGCCGCGGGGCCGCGUGGAUCAUGGAGGGGGAGGACGGGGGGACCCCAGGACCGGCAGCGACCCCCGAGGGGCCCGGCGGGGCCGCCGCGGCUCGGCGGCGGCGGAAAGGCGGCAAGAAGCGGCAGGAGGCGGUGGUGGCCAUCCCGCGGGGCAAGCCCAAGUCGGGCCGGGUGUGGAAGGAUCCCGGGAAGAAGAGGUUCUCCCACAUGAUCCAGGACAAGGCGCUCCGCACCUCCUGGGCACGGAAAAUGAAGGAGAGGCAGGAGAAGAAGCUGGUCCGGGAACUGGCACGGCAGCUGGAGGAAGCCAAGCAGAGGGAGAAAGAGGAGAAGAAGCGGCGGCGGGAGGAGAACCUGAAGCGGCGCCUGGAGAACGAGCGGAAAGCCGAGAUUGUCCAAGUGAUCCGGAACCCCCUGAAGCUCAAGAGGGCCAAGAAGAAGCAGCUGAGGCGGGUGGAAAAGCGGGACACGCUGGCCCUGCUCCAGAAGGCGCCCGUGAGGCGCAGCACAGCCACGGAAUGAGGCGGGAAUCGGGAUACUGCCACGCCAGGGCCACGCAGCCGGGGUUCCUGUGGAUCCUGCUCCUUCCCAGGGGUUUUUCCUCAGCUUGCCAGGAGCCUCGGUGUUGGACAAACAACAGGACAGAGCUGAGGGGGCUGUAUUCCAUGGGAACCAGCUGCUGGAUCUCACAGUCCCUGUGGAUUCAGGAUGUGGAGGGUGCCAGAGGCUGGAACAGAACUUUGCUUUCCCAAAUUUGCCUUUUCCUUAUAAAAAUGAAUAGGACCUGAA